UAUACGAAUACUUUGCGACUGCUUUGCGAGUGCUUUGCGAAUGUUUUACAAAUAGGAAUAUUUAACAAAUGAUUUGACGAUAAAAUUGGGGUUUUGUUUUUAUUCUAAUAGUUCGUUUCAGUUGUUAUAAAAUCGUGGAAGAAGGAAGUCGCAUUUUACUAUUGAAUCAUGGCUCCAAAGAGAAGACCUGCUGCAAGGAAAAGGAAGACAAAUCCUGCUUCACCUAGAUCCCCUACACCACCACCACCAUCGCCCGAAACACCAAACCCCGCCGAAUUACCACCACCAGAGGCAAACCCACCAACCGUUGGUAUCGAAUAUCCUGAGCAGCAACUUUCAGAUACUGACAAUGUUGAUACAGCCGGCUCAAACUUUGCCUCAGAUGAGGACGAUUUGAUAGCCACUGCCACAACCAGUGCAGCAACUCGCAAGAAGAAUAAACCCAAAACUAAAAGUGCGAGAAUACUGACGAUCGAAGAGGAAGACGAAGUAAUUGAGUGGUUAAAGUCAAAUCGUUUUCUAUACGACAAGACAAGUAUUGAUUUCAAAAAUCGCGAUAAAAAAGAGCGAACAUGGCAUGAAAUGGAACAGAGGAUGAAGUUGAAUCCCGGUGAUCUUCAAAGAUGGUAUACGUCCUUAAGAACCACGUAUGUGAAAGAAGUAAAGAAAAGAGAAAACACCACACGAUCCGGAGCCGGUGUCGGAGAUGGUUUGCUAACAUCUAGAACUAGCUGGUUGUUGGAGAAAUUCGAGUUUGUAAAACCCUUUGUCUGUCAGGCAAGAGGAACCAAGGGGUCACAGAUCAAGAAACCUGACCGGUACUCAGACUGCAGUGAGUCAUCAGUUCCAUCAAUAACGACCACGGAAAGUACACCACAGUCAGUGACAACAUCGUCAACUACAACAAAGAUAUCUGACUGCCUAGAAAAAGUUUCUCAGCAGUUAGCAGUCCCAAAGAGUGACAUAGAGAAGACCUGCGAUUUCCUUAGUACGCUAAUGGCAAAGAUGACCCCUUCCUGUCUGGAGGAUUUUACGAAUGAAACUAUCUUCAAGGCAAUGGAGUAUGUUAAACAGUCUAAACAGGAACAGCGUCAAACACAACAACCGCCAAGGGAUGAUUUUAUACAGCCAUCCCAGCUUUCAUCUACAUUCACAGACCCUUCCCAGCAAGUAAAUCGCCAAACAUUACCUCAAUUUACCCAAUUACAACCUCAACAGCAAACUGCAUUUGAAAUAACAGGCCUUCAAUUAGACCGACAACAUCAUCCAUGUCGUUCAGGCAUCGUCAGCCGCAACAAAUGUCUACUGAUCGCGACUAUAUCAUUGCACGCAACUUAG